AUGGCUUACUAUUAUAAGUCAUUUAAUGACAAAAUCAGCAGCAGCAGCAGAAUCAGCUACGACAGCAGUACCAGCAACAGCCUGGGUCCCAAUUUGAAACUUAGACUUUGUCAUCACCAUAAAGUUGGUGGAUCCGCCACCAAAGAGCUAUUAUUUAGAUUUAACAAAACUUAUAAUGGCCCCAGAAGUUGUAGUUGUUGUUGUUUAGGCAAAAGAAAUGUAAUAAAAUCUCAAAAUGUGACAAAAUCAACAACGACGGCAAUAGCAGAUGAAUUGAGUUUAAAAAGUCAACGAAAAAUAGCAGUGAAGGAAACAAGGACAACAGCAACAACAAUAAAUAACAAUAAAGAGUGUUUGCCACAAAGCCAAACAAUAGUGCCAACCAUAACAAAAGCAGCUUCAUCUUUGCCAUCAUCGUCAUUAUUCACACCAUCGUCAGUGACGACAACGUUAACAACACCUACAUCAAUAUACUCAAGGACCCAGUCAUCAUUGUCGCCAUCAACACCCUCAACAUUGGCAUCCUUGUCUUCCCGAACAAGAGCAAAUUUAAGUUGUACAUGUGAUUCAACUAAUGCCUGCUACAAAAACAACAAUACUACCAGGAACAACAGCAGCAACAGUAUCAUCGACACCUAUAUCAACAAUUCCUCUUCUGACUGUGUGUCGUCGUCCUCAUCGACACCAUUGUCAUCAUCGUUAGCUAUUUGCAGUUCCACAAGCUUUAGCAAUAUUCUCAAACUCGGAGAAUGGUGUAGAGGUGGCACGACCACAAGCCAAAGCAACAGUCGAAGCCGAAGCAGCAUCAGUUGUCGCAGCACCAGCACCAAUAACAACAAAUUUCAGUUUACAUCGACACGUUUCAUUAUCUUCGUUUUAUAUUUGGUGUUAACGAGCUGUGUUGGCGUUAGCUUGCAAUUAAAAAAUG